CUGUGGCUGAGUAGUUGAGUUUCAGGGGACAGGGUGACUGAGGCAGGAACAGAGUGAACUUGGUCCUGAGGGAAAGACAGCUGGGGCUCUGAGCCCAAAGUCACCUGGCCACUGGAGACUGAGGAGCUGUGCCUGUUUCUCCUGGGAGGCUCAUGCCCAGAUAUCUUUGGCAUUAAUGUAUACGAAAGAAUGCUUAAAUGUUACAGCUGGGUUCCCGGGCUUGCACUGUGCUUUUGGGCUGUGGGCUUUGCUGGGGGUGGUGACCCUGUUGCUGCUUUUGGCACUGGCUGAACACCUAGCCCGAUGGACCAGAGAAAAGAACAAGGCUUUCCAGGAACAGGAAAGCCCCAAGAGGCCUAUGGAAGAGGUACCACUUUAUGGAAACCUGACAUACCUGCAAACAGGGCGGCUACCACAGAAGCCAGGGCCCAUCCUGCAGGAGCAAUCAGCAGGAGACAUCCCUCGAGUUAGGGAGGAAGCUAUGUGCUAUGCCAGCCUGCAGCUGCAGCCCCCUCAAGGACGACCCCCAGGGCCCAGUGCCGGGCCACCCAUCAAGUACUCAGAGGUAGUGCUGAUGCUGGAGCCUGAGCAGUCUGCCCCCACACCCCGGCUCCCAGAGCCUGAACUCUACGCCUCUGUGGGCUCCCAGACCCGCCGAGCAGCCUUUCCUAAUGAGGACUAUGCCAACAGCCAGCCAGGAGAUGGAUGAGGGAAGACCCAGAUCAAAGUAUCAGAUGCAUCUUGGGGGGAGGGAAGACAGGAAAGAGGCCAUCAUCCACAGGAAGAAGACCUAUCUUGACUUUACCUUUUGGCCCACAGUUGCUUUAAUUUGAGUUAUGACCACAGGAGAUAACAGGGGAAUGGCUUCUUUGGAGUACCGGAAACUAACCUCCAAUAGAUAGAAGCCUAUGUGUCUAUACUAGAAAGCAGGGCAAGCUUCCAGACUGGACAUGAGACCAACUCCCCCCUCAAACUCCCCCUGCUUGGGUGGAUAUUGCUUUCAUAGCCCCUCCCUCUGAGGUUAACCAAUUCCGGCCCCAACUACACUUCUCUAGUUUCUUCAGAAAUACAGGAAGUGGGGGUGGUGUUCUGGGGGGGUGGGGGUGGGCAAGCACACGUAUCUGUGUGCAUCUGAGAAGACAUGAGUGCCUGGGAGCAUCUAUGCAAGAACAGGUAUGUAUACACAAGAGCACAAGAGAGCAAGCAUAGAUGUGAGAGCCAUGUGAGUCAGGAUGUUUGCCUGUAUGUGUGAGCAAGUGUCAUUCUGGCCAGGUACAAGCAAGA